UAAAUCACAUAACGAGUUCAAUCCCGCGAUCGCAGCCGUCCAUAGUCCCACAUACAAACAACCUAUCGAGGAACAAACUCCAUCUCCGUUGCAGAGCUAUUACUAUUUCUACUUUGAGAGGAGAUAAAUUAAGGUUUGGUUCUCCAUUUUCAUAGCAGACAAACCCUAGAAACAAUGGCAUCUUCUGGUGGAGCUGUUCCUUUUUGGAGAGCGGCAGGUAUGACAUAUGUUAGAUAUUCAAACAUUUGUGCUUCGCUAGUUCGUCAGUGCCUCAAAGAGCCGUACAGAAGUGAAUCCCUUUCUCGAGAGAAGGUCCAUUUCUCUGUUUCAAAGUGGGUUGAUGGCAAGCCCGAGAAGCCAGUUGUUCGCGAGGACUCUGCUGAAUGAAAUUAUUGAUGUGGAAAGCAAUCAAUAAGGUGAUGCAUUUGUUGUCGAUGAUUGCUUCACUGUUUGACUGCAUGGGUUUGCUUGCAUUUGUAAGGGAUUUAUUUAGAUGUUUUUAUUUUCAAUUAAAAUUUAGUAAUUUUGGAUGAUGCAUAAGGAGCACUAUUUUGAAUAAAGUUAGACACUCUUUAUUUGUCAGAACUGAUGACAACCGCGAUGAGAACUUUGUUUCUUAUUUUCA